GAGAGAGAGAGAGAAUCAAACGUGCUUUCUAUUUCCCCAAAACGGUCUCAGGAAAAUGACAGAUCAAACUCGACUGGAAUCUCAGACGAUGCCAAUGAAUGACAGCGACACAAACCAGACUUGCGAUGUUUUUGUCUACAAGGAGUCUGCUAGGAUCCUCUUUCCCAUUUUCUACUGCCUGAUUUUUGUCAUCAGUGUGGCAGGUAACAGCCUGGUCCUCUGGAUCACCUGUCAGAAAAAGCAGAAGAUGAACUCCACCACGAUGUAUCUGAUCAACCUGGCCAUCUCCGACACCCUCUUCACCUUGGCUCUGCCCAGCAGGAUCACAUACUACAUCAGAGGCUUCGACUGGCCAUUUGGAGAUUUCUUGUGCCGGCUGACUGCCAUGAUUUUCUACAGCAAUACCUAUGCGAGCAUCGCCUUCAUGACCUGCAUCAGUGUGGAUCGCUACUUGGCCAUGCUGCACCGUCAGCGCUGUCAAAGACUGAGGAAAACCAAGGUUGUGCGAGGGAUCUGCACUCUGGUGUGGGUUGUGGUUCUCCUUGAGACGUCCCCGCUGCUCUUCAAGAGCACCAUGGAAGACAGACCCGGUCAUCGAACAUGCAUGGAGUUCUCCAAUUUCGAUGGCCACAAGAUGGCAUACGGUCUUCUGUUUGCUUGCGUCAUUGGGUUUUGCGUGCCAUUGGGACUCAUCCUGUGCAGUUACAGCAGAGUCAGCUGCAAGCUCUACAAGACGGCCAAGGAAAACCCGGUGACCAACAAGUCUGGAAGCAACAGCAGGGCCAAAAAUAUGAUUCUGCUCAUUCUGCUGAGCUUCAUGGUGUGUUUCAGCCCCUACCACAUUAACAUCAUGCAGUUUGCAGUGAGAAGGCUAUACAAUGAGCCGUCUUGUGAGGAGUUAAAGACUUUGAAGAUGUCCUUGCAGGUAACCGUUGCCAUGAUGAACUUUAACAGCUGCCUCGACCCUCUUAUUUACUUUUUUGCCAUCAAAACAUACAAGCAGAGAGUGAUGAGUCUUUUUAAGAGCUACAUUUCCAUUUCGGUAUCUUCCAAGAGCAUGCAGGAGAACAGCAGCAGUAACACAUGAGGACCAAUAUUACACAAAGUAAAAUCUGAUUGUGUAAACUGCAGAGGAAAUGGCUGCACACGUGUGGAAAUGUGGUUGGAUUGACUGCAGAGACUUGUUAUCUUUUUUGGAGCAAUUUUCUUUUUUCUUAUUACUAAAUGGGCUUGAAUCCAAGGUAUUUGAUUUAUUUGGGGAUUUUUGACCACAUUAUGAUUUUUCUAAGAUCACUGACAUACUCUUGUCUUUUAACACAUUUUGUGAGGUAAUACAUAUUUGUUAAUGAUUAAAGUGCUGUUGGAUUCUCUUUUUGUAACUUGACUUUUUUAAAACAAAGAUUAAUGCUUAUUGUUAGUUUAUGUUAGUUAUUGCAUUAAGUAAUUUUAACUAAUCAGAUCUUACUGUAAAGUGUUACCAGAAUAAAUAAUUACGUGGAAAAGUCCCACAUAAAGGUCAAGGAGGCUAGAAACCAAUAGAUGAUUCUGAGUAAGAAUUAGUGAUGUAGGUGUAUGUUAAUAAGUACUGAUGUUUCUUCAAGCUGCUGUUGAAUUCUGCGUUUUGCUUUAAAGAUGCUCACGAUGUGUGUGUAACACAUUGACCAACCCCAAUAAUUUUCCAUUUGGGAAUGUAAUGCUUAUGUAGCUGCUAAUUGCUCUAAACAACUUUCUUUUGACCACUUUUUGAAUACAAAAAAAUUAUAAUAAAAAAAAAUCAUUAUCAA